CAUUCAUCCUGGCAGAACGUGGCUGGCUGAGCAGGCAGUCGCGACAGCAGCUCUCCCUAGUGGUCACAGCCACUGUGCGGAGAACUUGGACCAAGACAACCUAGACCCUUCCCUUUGGCCAGGCCGGUACAGACUCAAAUCUCAUUCUAGACGCUUUGCAGCGAUCCGCAGUCAAUUAUCAAGUUAGCCCGAACUCAACGUUUAUCCGAGUCCUCAAGCUCUUAGUUUGCUUCCCUCGUUCGACUUGCUUUAUUUAAAGCCGCUGUGCUUCACCCCAAUAGUUGCGCUGAUAGUCCACCAUAACCGCAUCAAACCAACACAGAGCCUUUUUUUUGUUUUACCAGAACUACUCGCACCAUCAUGCCACAAGAGGUAGACUACCCGGCGCUCAACAAGGCCGUUGAACAGAACGGCGGACUCUUCGCCUCUAUUGCCCUCAUCGAAAAAACGACCAACGGCAAUGUCAAGGGCUAUAUGAACUGGCGUGCAAGCCAGAACGUGGCCGCCAUGAAGCCUACGACCCCGGCGGACGCCAAGACGCUGGCCAAGACGCUGCAAACCAUCGACUUCCGUAACCGAGGCGCCCUGUUCGCAGAACUCCAAACGCUGCGGGAGUUCUCGCCAUACCAGCUGGCGACGGACCAGACCCGGGCACUGCUCCUCGUGCCCGCUAGGAGCUCGCUGGUGACUCCGGUCGACCCUGCGCCCGCCCCGCCAAGCACGACCGACGACGACGACCUGCACCCGUUCUACCUCGGUCUGUCGUCCCAGGUUGCGGCAGGCGCCCCAGCCCCCACUGUGCGCGUCCCGCGUGUCGUGCUGCCUCUAGGCCGCCUCGUCUGGCAGGACACCAAGACACCGGGCGGCAGCUCGCGGCAGGCGCCCGACUCCGGGGAUACAAACUACAUCCUGGUCGUCGACGUGCUAAGCAAAGGCUUCCCCGUCUGGCUCAUCUACGACCGCAUGCCCUAUGACCGCGACCUGGAUGACCGCGUCACUAUCGAUCCGGCAACGCAGCCGCCGGUCUUUGAUCCCAGCAUUCCCAAUGCAGACAGCGUGUGUCUCUGGGACAGCAUCGCGACCUCGUGGCCCACGACGCCCACGACGCUGCGGCAGCUGACGGCUAACUUUGGCAAGGGCGGCAGGGAACCGGUCAGGGUUGCUAAGCUCACGAAGCGGGAGGUCGCGACCGCCCUUGCGUCAGUCUCGUAGUUGAAUGGUAGUCGGAUGUCCUGGCCUUUAAGGAGCUUAGUGCAUGGGUGGUUUGAGUGAUCUCUCUGUGGGGCAUAAUGACUUGGUCUUGGCGCUGCCGCUCCAGCUACGCGUAUUCCGUUCCAAUAUGAUCUUGAGCUUGAGCCAGUCACAGAACCGGGUUGAAAGUGUGUCAUUACCCCGUGAAAGCUUUCCAUGGCGGCGUAUUACGUCUUUAGCUUGUUGGUGAGCGAGGCUGGCUGGAUCAAACUAUAAAUCUGAAGAAGUGACUCGCUGUCUUUCAAAGAACUGACUCAUUGCUCAGCCCAAUAUAUGCAUAAUGUCCCACCGACUUGGUAUUUUCUGCCCGACUAGCC